AUGGUAAACUUCGCCCAAUGCUGCCCUUGGCUCGCAGCAAAAACACUUCCGGCUCAUUCUUCCAUCUGGCGAAGCCGCUUCAGUGAUAUCUACGACGUUACUCGGCAGUAUGCGUCUGAUGAAGUCAAGGUUGAAUAUCAAAUUCGAGCCAUUGUCCUCUCACAAUCCAUCACUUUUCGCUUCGGCCAAAAAGAGGCGCAGACUUUCUGGCUGGAAGUCCUCCGAGAUAUGCUACUUGAAUCAUACUGUCUACUAGAAUCGAACAAGCCAUUGACUUCUAAGAACCACCGAAAGAUUCGAGGCAUACUCUCUAGCUCUGAAUUUCUGAACAGGCCCGUUAGUGGCUACAGUCAGAAGGAUGCAGGCCCGCCUUCCGAUCUAUUCUGCGCAACCCAAUUAUGCCUGACUGGGCUAGCUCUGGACCCUCUUAUGUGUAUUCAGUGUCUAAGGGCGGACUAUGACGUCGGUAUUGUCUAUGAUUACAGGGCUGAGAACAGCAGCAGACCGAUUGUGCAGGGAAACAAGCUCGACCUGGAGAAAUUACUUCACAUACGCAACUUCUGGCUUCGUCAUAUUCUCUGCCCGGCUGAAGGGACCUUUCACUCUUCUUACAUUGACCUGGCUCCAUGCUACAAGCCUAGAUCCUGGGGUGAGCUUGCGCCUUCUGAUGACGAAUUGCCCUGGAUGGGAUAUGCAUCAUGCGUCCAUCCAUAUCCGAGAUCUCGAAAGAUCCUCGAGGAUCGCCAGACAUGCGCGGAUCUGGAUACUAAUUGUGUACAAGUCCGAUUUCAGUCUCUUUUAGUGAAACCCGACUCCAACCCCUUAAACUGGCCACCUAUACUUCAAUCAGUACUACCCACUGAUCCCCCCAACCCCGAACGGUCUUAUUUCCGUGGGAUACGGAGAUCACCUGGUUACGUCGCUCAGACCCUAGGUUUGGUGCGAGGAUUCUGUGAACCAAUCGCCGAUGCUCAAGGGGGCUUUCCUGGCUGGCGUCGCAUUUGCUUUGUGAUAUAUGAGUGGGACCAAGAGCAGCUACCCGUUCCUCCUGCUCAUAAUGGCACAGAGGCCGCUAUGGAUGAGGACCCUUGGCUUUUCGAGACAGGAUGGCCGCCGUCGGACUUUGAGUCUGAUUUUUACUUGGUACAGGUUUACGAGGGCGUUAUCUUACCAGAAGGUAAUAUCAUGAUCGGGAGUUGGAUAGAUCUGCUGGAGACGCUGGACAAGGGUCCGUUUAUUUUCUGGAAACAAUGA